GAUCAGAUCAGAAGAAUCGAACAAAUACGGUCUUUGUUUACAAUUUAGAAAUGUCAACUGCGUUUAAAGCUCGAAGCAUUUGUAAAGAACACAAUAUUUACAUGCGGAAAAUUUAUGUUGAUAAAGUGCGUGUGUAAUCGGGGCGCAGCAAAAGGACAGCGGUGGUGGUAGCAUUUGCAGAGCCGGCUUCUGUAUCUAAUCGUCGAUGGCAUCACUGCCACAUCGGAAAGCUUCACACGUCAUACGAAAGCUCACCGUAGGCUAAAGAAAUGUCAGUGUAGAAGCCACGACAGCUGACAAGCAAACGAAAGUUAUUCAGACAAAAUUAAAACUCCUUUCACAUCAGGUAAAAUUGAUGAUUAGGUGUUUGGAAACAGUGUCGUUUUCCUUAGCAUACAUUCGUAGGAUUUAAAAUAACAAAUUUUACAUUCAACGCUAUGGAAAAUCUGAAGCAAAAUGUUGAACGCAGAGAACCUGAUUCGCGAGAUACUGAAAAGGAAUUCAAAAUUGGAAGAGAACGAAUUGAAAAAAUGUCAGCAGAAGUUGUGGAUUCCAACCCGUACAGUCGCUUAAUGGCAUUGCAGCGAAUGGGAAUCGUUAAGGAAUAUGAGAAGAUACGAGAGAAAAGCGUGGCCGUCGUUGGUGUGGGAGGUGUUGGAAGCGUUACAGCGGAUAUGUUGACUCGGUGUGGUAUCGGUAAGCUGAUGCUGUUCGAUUAUGACAAGGUGGAGUUGGCCAACAUGAAUCGACUCUUCUUCACACCGGAUCAAGCGGGACUAUCAAAGGUUGAGGCAGCAGCGAAGACCCUGCAAUUCAUCAACCCUGACGUGGCAAUUACUACGCAUAAUUACAACAUUACGACUGUUGAUAACUUUGAUCAGUUUCUCGAUGCCAUUCGAACAGGUGGUAUUGAAAACGGUGCACCGGUUGAUUUGGUUCUUAGCUGUGUUGAUAAUUUUGAAGCCCGUAUGGCUAUAAAUACGGCCUGUAAUGAACUAAACAUCUACUGGUUCGAAUCGGGUGUGUCCGAAAAUGCUGUUUCUGGUCACAUACAGUUCAUAAGGCCAGGAGAAACGGCAUGCUUUGGCUGCGCACCACCACUAGUUGUAGCGGAAAACAUCGAUGAAAAGACAUUAAAACGCGAAGGUGUAUGUGCUGCUAGUCUACCUACGACCAUGGGCAUUGUGGCAGGGAUGCUAGUACAGAAUACGCUCAAGUACUUGCUACAUUUCGGCGCCGUCUCCGAUUACCUCGGUUACAAUGCAAUGAACGAUUUCUUUCCAAGAAUGAGCCUUAAACCGAACCCAACAUGUGAUGAUCGAUUUUGCAUUCAACGUCAACAGGAAUACCUGGCCAAACCACCAAGUGAUUUGGAUGCCUUAAACGUUGCCGAAACUGAAUCUGAAAGUCCACUGCACGAAGAUAAUCUGUACGGUAUCGAAUUAGUGGCUGAAGAUGACGACACACCGACUAAAAGUAAUGAUAAGGCUCACAGCGUUAAAAGUAACAUUGUUGAAGGUCUGAAACUGGCGUACGACGCGCCUGUUGUAGAGAACACAUCCAAUGUAUCAACUCAGGACGAUGUCAGUCUUGAAGAAUUGAUGGCACAAAUGUCUGGUAUGUGUAAACCUUCCAAUAAUGAAUGAAAUUUAUAUUUUUAUAUCAGUGUUAAUAUUCGGAUGCAGUAUAUUGAAUGCUUAUAGCCAUCAAACGAUGCUUUAUAACAGAAUGCGACGCUAAACGGUUAGUCUGCAUUUCCGCAUUCAAAACUAAUGAAUAAAAUAAUGCAAUUGAUGCAA